AUGGCCGACCUAACGGAUCCCAAAAUCAAUGAAGCUUAUCUCGAUGUACGCUCUGACAAAUCUGAUACGAACUGGCUUCUACUGGAUUAUGAGUCUGAUGGUUCAGACAAGCUUCAAGUCGCCCAAAUUGGCACAGGAGGUCUUUCCGAAUUGAGAGAGGUUCUCGACGAAUCCAAAGCAUCCUACGCCUAUGUGCGCGUGCAAUACUCAAACGACAAAGAAUCCAAACGGGAGAAGUUUGUCCUAGUGGUUUGGAUCGGCCCACGUUGCAAAGUGAUGAGGAAAGCCAAGAUUUCGGUUCAUUCCGCUGAUGUCAAAAAUGUGCUACGCGUGUUUUCUAUUGAAGUUGCGGCGCGAGAGAAAGACGAUUUGAACGAGGAUCCCAUCGUUGUGAGGCUUAGGAAGGCAGGAGGCGCGAGUUAUGACGGUGUUUGA